UCUCAUGUCUGUCAUGGAAUAGUCACGACCCGGCCAACACGAACUUUGUGCAUGUCAGGACUGGUCAGGACAUGCAAGUAGUUUCCAGUUGAUUUCUACGCGCGAAAUGUGGAAAAGGUUUUUGAGACGAUUUUAAUUCUGAGUUUGAUCGUUUCCUUGAGGUUCACGGAAAAGUAAAUUCGGGUCAAGAUUCUAAUUGUCCAUACGUGACAAUGGGUUCGAGAUCCCCCAAGGAAGCAAUAAUUUUCGUGCUUGAUAUUGGAGCGUCUGCUUCCGAACAUGUUUAUGAAGAUGGAAAUUCUUGUUUACAUAAUGCAAAGAAGUGCAUCGAAAGAAUCAUCGAACGAAAGAUAUUUUCAUCUGCUGGAGAUGAGAUUGGACUGGUACUGCUUGGAACCCAGAUGACGGCAAAUGCUCUUCAGUAUCCGAAUAUUAGCGAAGGUUUUCGAAUGGCAAAUCCUUCAUGGGAGAUGCUGAAGAUAGUUCAAGAGAUAAAUGGAACAGCAGUAGAUAAAUGUGACUGGAUUGAUGCUUUAGUUGUGGCCAUGGAUAUAAUGCAGACACAGACAGAAGGCAAGAAAAUAACAGCAAAGAAAAUUGUACUGUUUGUUGAUCCUGAUAAUGAUGUUAAUGAAGAUAAACUCAAAACUAUAAUAAAUGGGAUCCAGAAAUUGGAAAUUGAACUGACAGCAAUUGGAGUAGAUCUGUUUCCUGAAGAUGAAAAUGGGGAAGGAGAAAAAAUGGAUCAUGAAGAUUUAAUAGAUAACAAUGGUAAAUGUUCAGAAAUUAGUGAUCUGUCUGGACUGUCUCGUAGGCAAAGAGGUGAAGAGCUAAUGAGACGUAUCAUCAAUGAGUGUGAAGGAAUUUCCUGCAAUUUUGUGGAUGCCUUUUCCCAGUUAAAGACGUAUCAAAUGAAAGCAGUGAGACCAACUCCAUGGAAUGUAACACUGGACAUUGGAGAGGAAAUAAAAAUACCAGUUGCACUUUAUAAGAAGAUUGCACCAGUGGCUCUUCCACCUUGGCAAAAAACAGUGAGAGAAACAACCGAGAGAAAGAUUGGGGAUGCUCCUACCUCAGAAUCACAAAAUGAGACUCCUAGCAAUGCGAGGAUUGAACAAGAUCGUGUGUACAUGAGAGAAGAUCGUACAGUUGUUGAAAAGGAAGACCGAAUUGCUGGAUACUUCUUUGGAUCAACAGCUGUGCCUUUCAAUGAAUGUGAUGAAGAGCAGAUGAGAUACAAAUCUGGUGAAAAGUGCCUAAAUAUCUUGGGGUUUGUGAGACGUACAGAUAUUCCUAGAAGAUACUUCAUUGGUGAAGGAUGCUACUACCUUGUCCCUCAGAAGAAAUUUCCAGCAGCCCAACAAGUUCUCUCAGCUUUCAUUAAAGCUCUCAAAGACCAGGAGAAAGUAGCCAUUGCAACCAAAGUUUACCGAAAGGACACUUCUCCAAACCUAGUUGCACUUUUUCCUUUAUUGAAGAAAAAAUACAAGUGCAUAUUGGUUGUGGAACUUCCGUUUUCUGAAGAUGUGAAUGAAUUUGUGUUUCCUCGGGUGGUUCCUGAGAAAGAGGAACCUGAUGCCGAACAACUGGCUGCUGUUGAUGGCCUUAUAGAUGCAAUGGACCUCACAAAGAUUCCCAUUGAAGAUGGAAGUACUGAAACUUUCCGGCUGAAGGAAACCACUGAUGCUGGCCUCAUGUAUCAUUUUCGCUGCGUUGCUCAUCGCGCAAUGCAUCCAAAUGAUCCUCUUCCUGAGAAUUUUCCAGACAUAAAGGCAAUGUUGUCCUGUCCAUUUCAGUCGAAUGCCAACUACAAAUUAGCCUUGGAAGUUGUGAAAGACAAAUGUAAACUUGUAGAGCAGCCAGAAAUGACAAGCCUGAAGAAAGAAGAUCAACAUAAGAGAAGAAAAAAAUCUGCAGAUAAAGAUGAUUCUGAUCCACAACCUAGCACCUCAAGAGAUGGAGUAAAUGCAUUAAUUUCUGAUACCAAUGAAGAGAUAAGUAUUGUUAAGAACACUUUAGUGGAAGUAGGAACUGUAAAACCUCACGAGGAUUUCAUUGCCCUUGUGACAAAAGGGGAAAAUUUUAAAACAGUGUGUGAUCAGAUGGAAAAAGUCAUAUUGAAAUUGGUGUUGAACUCGUUUGGCUCUGAAAGUUUUCCCAAAGCACUUGUUGCUUUGACUACUCUGCGGAAGAGUUGUGUUCAAAAGGACCCAGGAAUCUACAAUGCUUGGUUACCAGAAUUCAAAACUGCACUGAAUGAUCGGGACAGGCUAAAUUUUUGGGAAUUGGUUGCUAAAGAUGGUUUGGGCUUGAUCAACUCUGAAGAAAGCCCCAUGAGCGCAAUUUCCCAAGAAGAUGCUCUUGCCAUCUUUAAAGACUCUAAAGAAGUAGGAGGAGCAAAUGAAGAACAGGAAUUGGAUGUAGAUGAUUUGAUUGACGAAAUGUAAUUUGAAACAAAUCAAAGUUUGAUGCAGUUUAUUCAUAUUUUCUUAUCCACAGUAGGUGAUAUAUUCAUCAGAUAUAAUGAUUACAAACUUCAUACUUUUCCAAGUAGGAAAUUAAAUUUACAAUUCAGCUAGGAAGUGUUAUAAAGAUGAUGAUGGAUUUGUGAUCCACUGCCACUUAGUACCUGUGGAAAUAACUUUUUUAUCUUUAAAGAGUUUUUGCAAGUGAUGACCCACAUUUACAGCAGCAGCCAAAUGUAAGUCCUCUGGUGUGUCCGUAUAUAUAAUUUUGACAAUGUCCAUUUCAGUAAAUUUCCUGUUAGGUUCUCUUUGUAGCACAUCCAGAAUUUGUUUUUCCCUGUUAUUUCUAUGAUGUAUGUAAUACUCAAUUUUAGGCAUUGGAUCCUGCCAAGGACAGAAGAAUAGCUGAAUUUAAAUUGACAUUGAUUGAUGCUUGUUCUUACUGGAAAUCCUUUUUACAUAUUUUAACAUGAUUUUAUAAAUUUCAAAAAAGUACUGAAAUAUGCUGAAUUUUAGAAUUGGAUUCAUUGAAAUGCGAAAAAAUAAUUUUUGUAUUUUUACUCACUGAUACAACUGGGCCAUGCCCUGGAUAGAGAAUAUUUGGGUUAAGUUUCAAUAUAUUUUGUAAAGAGGCCAUAUAAUCAUGGAGAUCUUCAAAAACAGCUGUUCCUUCUCCCAAUAUGCAAUCGCCACUAAAUAUAGCUUUCUCUUCUUCAAGCCAAAGAAUGAUAUGGUCUGUUGUGUGGCCUGGAGUGUGUACUAUCCUUAAUGUUGCUCCUUCUGUUUUGAAUUCAUCCCCUGGUUUUAAGUAUUUCACUUGUAUAUUGUCUGGAAGAGGUUCAUCGGAAUUGUCUUGUUCAGAUCGUGGCAGCUUCCAAACAUUGCAAUUAGAAACGUUUUUGACCACAUCUUUGACACCUCCAAUGUGGUCAUGGUGCCAGUGCGUUACAAUUAUGUGCUCUAAAUCUAUAUUUUCAUCAGAUACAACAGUCUUCAAAUUCUGAAUGUAUUGAGGUACAUCUGAAUCCCCUGCAUCAAUUAGAAUUCUUCUGAAAAACGAAAGUGCACAUUUAGUGCCUUGCAAUGUCAUUCGUCCUGGAUUGCAUCCUAAUAUUCUAAUUAUCCUCGAAGACAACUUCGUAACAGGUGGAAUUAUUGACGCCAUAUUCGCACUCAUUUGUUUUCUACACUACUUUUUUACAUAUAUUACUGCACACAUUGCUAUAAACAAUAACGAAAGGAUUAGUAAAAUAGAGCAUAAUUUUAUUUAAUUUAUAAUGUUAGCUUGAUAUAUCAUUUUGAUCUGCAACAUUUGUCGUGUGUUAGUAACACAUUUGAUUUCAGUCUCAUUUAUCGCACAGCUGCUUCUUCACUUUGCCAUCAAAAUGGCUGGCACACUUUCUAGGUGGGCUCCUUUGCCUAGAAGUCACUUGGGUUGUUUGAGCUCCCCUUUCUUGUCCUGUGUUAGUGUGCGGCACAAUACCACUCCACCAGCAAAGAGUCAGUAUGGCCCUCUUAAAGAUGAAGAUCGUAUAUUCACUAAUUUAUAUGGUCGUCAUGAUUGGAGGUUGAAAGGUGCUAUGAAAAGAGGUGACUGGUAUAAGACCAAAGAAAUUCUUGAAAAGGGAGUGGACUGGAUUUUAAAUGAAAUAAAAACCUCAGGUUUAAGAGGUCGUGGUGGAGCUGGUUUCCCCUCAGGAAUGAAAUGGGGGUUUAUGAACAAGCCAUCAGAUGGCAGGCCAAAAUAUCUAGUAGUAAAUGCUGAUGAAGGUGAACCUGGAACUUGCAAGGACCGGGAAAUUAUGAGGCAUGAUCCUCACAAGCUUGUGGAAGGUUGCUUAAUUGCUGGCCGAGCAAUGGGUGCUCAAGCUGCUUACAUAUAUAUCAGAGGAGAGUUCUACAAUGAAGCAUCCAACAUGCAAGUUGCAAUUUCUGAAGCUUAUCAAGCAGGCCUCAUUGGGAAAAAUGCUUGUGGCUCUGGAUAUGAUUUUGAUGUAUUUAUGCAUCGUGGUGCUGGAGCUUACAUCUGUGGAGAGGAGACAGCUUUGAUUGAAUCUUUGGAGGGUAAGCAGGGAAAACCUCGUCUGAAGCCGCCCUUUCCUGCAGAUGUAGGUGUUUUUGGUUGCCCCACUACAGUGUCCAAUGUGGAGACGGUCGCUGUGGCCCCGGCUAUCUGCCGCCGAGGAGGUACAUGGUUUGCUAGCUUUGGGCGUGCCCGUAACUCAGGCACAAAACUUUUUAACAUCUCAGGCCAUGUAGUAAACCCUUGCACUGUAGAAGAAGAGAUGUCUAUACCUUUGAAGGACCUGAUUGAAAGGCAUGCCGGUGGUGUGACUGGUGGUUGGGACAACUUGCUGGCUAUUAUCCCUGGUGGUUCCUCCACUCCACUUAUCCCCAAGCAUGUAUGUGAGGAAGCCAUAAUGGAUUUUGAUGGCUUGGUAGCUUGCCAGACCAGCUUGGGAACAGCCGCUAUCAUUGUAAUGAACAAGCAAACGGACAUAGUGAGAGCCAUUGCUCGACUCAUUGAAUUCUACAAGCAUGAGUCGUGUGGCCAGUGUACUCCAUGCCGGGAAGGCAUUUCUUGGAUGAACAAGAUCAUUCAUCGCUUCAUCACAGGCAAUGCUCAGCCUUCGGAGAUAGACAUGCUGUGGGAGCUGAGCAAGCAGAUUGAAGGACACACUAUUUGUGCCUUGGGUGAUGGUGCUGCAUGGCCUGUCCAGGGUCUCAUUCGGCACUUCCGACCUGAAUUGGAGGAGCGGAUGAGGAAGUAUCAUGGAGAAGAACUGCAGUCAGUGGCAGCCUCUGGUUGAGGAUGUGGUGUAGAUAGUUACUAAGAAUUAUCUAAAGACCUCUAAUGGGACUGGUAUUAAGUUCCAAUGUCAUAAUUUAUUUCAGUGAUCAUGAAAUUUUUCAAUGUAGUGAUAUCAAACAAUGAUCCAAAUUAUAUUUCAUUGUUUACUCUCCAGUGUAAAUAGAAAGUUACAAAUCAUUACACUUACUUUAAUUUGUUUUGUCCAGUGAAUUGAAAAUUUGCUUUUCAGACAUUUGCAUGGGGAAACUGUGUUUCUCAAAAGACUUGGAGGUUUGUACAUUAUUGUACAUUUGUUCAUUUACUUGAAAAUAAAAAGAAAUAGAUAUUGUUUAUUUUACUUGUGAAAUAAUGAAUUGGUAAUAUUCUAUUCCUUACACAGAAUGAUACCAAGAAAUAAUAAAGUAUUUUUUUUUCUCUAAAAUACCCAGUCAGUGAUAUGAGUGAAAUUUCUGAUUUGUUAGUAGCACCCAAUCUUUGCAGUUUUUAUUUUCCGAAAACUUAGAAUUCUGAUAAAGAUUAUGUGGAUUUGUUCGUAUUAAAGGCGUAUAACAAUUGUUCAAUAAAAUUAUUGUAAACUUUUACUUCAAUGAAUUGACCAGACCUCUGGAAAUACAGUAGAAUCUUGUUAGUCCUGCUAACCAUGUUUUCCCAUCUAAAAUGUCCAUAUUUGUAACUCCUGGGCCUAAUUUAAUUGAAUCACUCAUUUACACAUUUAAUAAUCACAUUUAGCACCUUCAAAAUUGAUUGGUUACAUCUUUCCCUAGUCACUUGUUUUCUGGUGCAAUAAUUCCUCUUCAAUGUGAUUUUUACUGGGAACUUAUAGGUAUAUUUGCUGGUAUUGUGUCCAAUUACAGAGCCAGAGUAAGGUUUUUUACUGGCUCCAACCACCUUAAUCCUUUUUCGUUAUGUCAUAUUACCAUGCUGUACUUGAAUUUUGAAGACUCGAGAUAGUCAUGUUAAUAUGCAUUGUUUUUAGUGUCUGGAUUAUUUGGGUGUAAUAAAGUUUUCAUUCAGUGUAUUAUUUGUUAGUAAAUUAGCUUAUACCAAGUGUGUUUGUGUAAAAAUUAGUUUCUCUUCCCUAUAAAAUUUUCUGAAGAAAUGUACAUUUUGAACAUGUUUCAUAACUUUUCACUCUUAUGACCUGCACAAUUUUUUAUUCUUAGAAAACAUUCUAACGAGAUUACGUUCUAACGUAAUUGCAGCUCUCUUCUUAUAGGUGUUUUGUGAUUAUUUUACUUUCUCGCACUUACUAACGUAAGAAGAGAAAGUAUUGUAAUUGUGCGCCGGAAAACUGCGAAUUUUCA